UUGAGUCAAUUCUGAUUCUCAAAAAGAAGCCUCAAAAUCUCUCUGCUUCUUCUCAGCUCUUUCUGGAUUCGUCUUCGUCUUCAUCCUCUGCAGCUUAUUCUGGAGAAAACCCAUUAAUCAUUCGUUCUAUUCAAGUGAGAGAACGUCGCUAAUUCGAAUCAAAAUUUAGCAUGGACUUUAGGGAUUUCAUAAAUGGAUUUGGAGUCUGUAACUCUUAAUGUUAAGCAUGAAUGUAUUGAAAUGAAUGAGGAGGAUGAUGAUGGAGAAACUGAAGGACUAGUAAGAAGUGAGACACAACAGACGCAAACGGUCUUUGAGUCUAAUCAUUGUGUAAAAGACGAUGUUUGGAAAGAGUUUGUACCGAUAGGAAAAGGAGAAGAUGGCAAAGAAAGGUGUCGUUGUAUUCAUUGUGGUAAGGAUUUGGUUACACCUACUUUCACAUCAAAUUUGUGGCGACAUUUACGAUCUUGCACAAAGAAGACUGAAACUAAAAGAGGAGGCAAUGGUUGUGGACAAGAUAGACUGAACAAGGAUCAAAACAAAUGUAAUUCUGUUGAUGUGGUGGGAGCUUCGGUUUACGAAUGCUCUAGUGAUAGAGAAGGAGUGAGUAACAACACUCUCUUGAAAAAGAGGCAACGUAGUUCGAUAUUAGAAGGCAAGACACGCUCGGGGAUGCUGCUUGGUUUGGAUGUUCUGGACUGUCCUAUUUGCUUUGAGGCAUUGACUAUUCCUAUCUUUCAGUGUGAUAAUGGACAUUUGGCUUGCUCUUCUUGCUGUCACAAACUGAGUAAUAAGUGCCCUACAUGUGCUUCUCCUGUUGGCCACAAUCGCUGCAGAGCAAUGGAGAGUGUGCUCGAAUCAGUCUUUGUCACAUGCCGAAACGCCAAGUUUGGAUGCGCCAAAAAUGUCUCUUAUGGGAAAGUAUCAAUUCAUGAAAAAGAAUGCACUUUCUCUCAAUGCUCCUGCCCUGCAUUGGACUGCAACUACACUGGAUCAUACAAUAACAUCUACAGUCACUUUGUUGAUAACCAUCGUAACAAAUCCACAUCUAUAUCCUUUGUCUGCGGUGGUUCUGUUGAUGUUCAGAUGAACAUAUCUACCGGUAAUAUUCUAGUACUUCAGGAAUCUAAGAAGGGACUAUUGUUUGCGCUGCAGUGUUUCUACAAGCCGCAUGGUUUGUAUGUGACUGUUAGAUGCAUUGCACCAUCUACUCCUGAAGUAGGGAAGCUUGCAUAUUGUCUCUACUACUCUAUGGAUGGACACACUCUUACAUACAAGUCACCAGAAGUGAAGAAGGUUCUUGAAGUGAGCUCUGAAACCCCUCAAGACAAUUUCAUGUUUGUCCCUCACUCGUUGUUACGUGGUGAAUUUCUGGAGAUGAAGAUUGCCAUUGGACUUAAGGUUCAUGCGGGCUCAUAAUUUCUCUCUGUAGGUUCUUUCUGUUUUUGUUUGCAUAUUCCUAUGGAAACCUUGUCUAUUGAAGAACUAGUCUAUGUACCCCACCUGCGUUGGAAUAUAUAUGUUUUGGCCUGAUGAA